UGUGUGUAACUGUUUGUCUGUGUUUGUUUGUGCGUUUAAAAUCUUACUGAAAAUGUACCGUGUGUGUUAAAUGUAUAGCUCUUCUCUGUGUUUAUUUGUACUUACGUGGAAAUUAAAACUGCAUUCAUUGUGGUUGUUUUCUACCCAGUGAUUCAAAUAACAGUCUGCGUACACUGUAUAAUGUGAUCAAGGAAGGUAGUGUGAGUGUACUUCACUGGUGCAAAGAAAAAAUAAUAUCGUAUAUCAAACUACAAUAUAAACAAACAAAUAAUGGCGCUGUUUGUAAUGUACUUGGUGUAAAGUAAAAUCUCAAACUGCGCAAAAAAAGAAAAAAUGAAAAAAACCCGCACGGUGCCUGUGUAUUAAACUUUGCUUUGUGUUACGAUAACAUUCGCAAACCACGUAAAAAACACAUUACCGUGUUAAAAAAAAUACAACCACUGUACAGUACAUGCGACUGCUCUACAGACAGUCAUGGGAUAUUUUCGAAUCGCAGCCUCGACUGUACCCUCAGUUAAACAAAUGUUGGUGAUCGCUAUUACAGCCAGCUUACUAGUGUUGGUGUUCCUGCCCUUCUGGGACAAGGAGGACCCUCGAGCACCUUCCCACAACGCCACCACCGCCACGUUGACGGUUCCAUCCCCAACUGCUGUUCGUCAGGCUCACCUCCGCCAGCAAUGCCAAGCCAUGUUCACCGUUGAUAAGGGUCAUCACGGCGAUAUCUGGUACUUUGACAACCCUUAUAAGAAACUAAGCAGCCAGCUGAUGCAUUUGUUGCCUGACCUUGACAUCAUGAGUGGUAACAUGAGCGGUUCUGCCGAAAUAUUUAUGGGUACUCGUCUCCAGCUGAUGGACGGCUCAAUACCUUAUAUACCCUGCAAGAUCCGUGAGUACGAGAUGGAAGACGUGGUUCAGUGCAGCUCGGCCAGGGCAGCUGUGGGAAGCAAGACUUGGAUAGCCUUCGUUGGUGACUCUAAUGGUAGGCAGAAGGUCAACUCCUUCCUGAGCUUCCUGCCGCCUGAGCUGACCUACACCUUCUACCUCGGUGACACGGAGGUGACCAGAGAGGAAUUUAUAUCAGCUGUAUACUAUCAUGUACAAAGACCUCCAACCUUUGAUAUCCUGGGCCGUUUACCUUCAUCCACUGCCUCUUCUUCCAAGAUUUCAAACACCUCCUUCAAGAAGACCUCCACGACCUCUACCACCUCCUCCAAGGCUACCACGACCUCUUCCAAGACCUCCACUACCUCUUCCAAGAAGACCUCCACGACCUCCAAGGCCUCCAAAGUGAACCCAACGACCUUCAGUCCUAGCACCGCAUCAGUUCCCUCUAACAAUCCGCCCGUCAAUACUCGUGACCGCUACCACACUGAUACUGGAGUUAAUGAGGGUGAAAGAAGCCUUAAGGAAUAUUUAGAUGAAUUUAAGAAUGUUUACGGAAUUAACGGUCACAACGUAAAUAACAAAUUCAACGAUCAUAACAGCAAUAUUGAAUUUAAAAGUCAUAACGUCCAUAACGUAUUAAACGGCCAUGACGGCCUUACAGAAUUCAACGAUUAUAACGAACCUAACGAAGUCAACGGCCAUACCGAAAGCAAAACCCAAUAUGGAAACAACGGUCAAAACAAAAUUGAUGAUAACGGCUUUGUUAGAUAUAACGCUACCUACAAACCCUUGUUAAUAGAACCGGAGGAGGAGGACCCUUUAGAGACCAAUUACUCAUUUAAGGAAUUGCUGGAAAAGAAUGUUCCACUAGACUCUUACGACCUGCGAGUGACUUUGGUAUGGGCGCCGUACGGAUCUCUCGAGAAUAUAUCCUCUUCUGGCAUAGGUACAGACGGACACAAGGUUACCAAACUUGAAGAUUGGGUGACGUCAGAGGUCGUACCGGAUGUUAUAGUAGUGGGAUUUGGUACAUGGCACAUUCUCAUGAGGCAGACACACGGUGAACUAGAGCCGUUCACCAAGCUGCAUCUCCUGGGUCAUCCUCUUGUUCACACCCUCACACAACUCGCUCAUAUGACUCGACUCCUUUCAUGGUCACAGAGUCGGUAUCGAUGGUUCAACUUAGAGAGUGACGAUGUUAGCCGGUAUAAUACCCCCCCCGAGGAUUAUUUUGGACACCUGCUAUACAUGAACCAGUUUAACGACACCAUCCCCCUUGUCGACACCUGGAUAAGGACGAUGCUCAGGUCUACGGGGGCGUGGCAAUGGGACACGACUCUCCCCUUCAACCUGGCUAACCUGAAAGAGUGUCAGGCUCUGAGGAGAGCCGGUUUUUACAACCAUUCCUUCUACAAAGGCCGUUGGUGGAACUGUAAUGACGUUCACCACGCCUCUUACGAGACCAAUUCUGUCGAGAUCCAGAUGUUGCUGAACCUGCUGUGUAACACAUACCUGACCAACACACAGCAGCACUGCUGCUCUUGACCCGGCUGUGUGACCUUACCAAGAGCUUCAACAUACCCACAAUAACCAUUAUAUAAUACCCUAAAAUUAACAUAAACUAUUCCAUACGCGAGCUGGGAAGUAGAGUUGACAGAUAGUUUAAAAUGAUGUAAAUAUAUCAUGGUUUAACGAACAGAAGAAUUACGUCAGGGAUGUAUUCAAAAUGGCGUCGAUCAAGA